CGCUCAACCCAACAUACACACAACCCCCAAAUGUCUGACAUUGUUGUUCUUCCCACCCCCGCCGCCAUCGUCGACUCGUCGGCGGACGUGGUCCAUGAAGCCGCCAGCCACUGGAGCAGCGCCGUGUUGGACGUGUCUGUGGCCAAGAAAGUCGUUAUCGACGUCGUCGCCGCCGCCGCCGCGUCUCUCCUCGUGUCCCCUACCAUUACAGCUAUCGACCGCGCCAUCAUCGAGAACGCCAGUGGCAAGCGCGUGCUCAUACAAGGCAUCAAGGACAUCUCGAUGGACUUUGUGCGCAACCCGCUGUCGUUUGUCCGCCGAAAGGACUUCCUCCUCAUCUAUGGAUUGUACGUGGCCACGUACGCCACUGCCAACGUGAUCGACACGGUCAGCGACGUCAUCGAGUCGGACAGCAAGCUGCCCAAGCUCAUCGGCACGACUGCCGUGAAUGUCACGCUGUGCGUCGCGAAAGACCGCGAGUACGCCCGCAUGUUUGGACUCUUCGCUCCCACCAAGUUCCCCCUCGCGUCCCUCGGUCUCUUCGCCAUGCGUGACGCGCUGUCGGUCGGCGCGACCUUCGUGGCCCCUCCGAUGGUGUCGCAUCUCUUCGAAGCCCAGCUCGGCAUGUCCGAGUCGUCGGCGCAUUCGACUGCGCUGCUCGUGUGUCCGUCGCUCGCCCAGCUGAUCUCGACGCCGCUGCACCUACUCAGUCUGGACUUGUACAAUCACAAGGUGGCCACCCCCCACGCCCGCCUCGCGUUCAUCUCGAAGGAGUACAUCAAGAGCGCCGCCGCGCGAAUUAGUCGGACGCUGCCGGCCUUUGGCGUCGGCGGCAUUGGCAACAAACACAUGCGCGACGACAUGCGCUCCCUGUGGCUGUAAAUAAGUUAUAUCAACACCAGCGUAGUGUCCAAGCUCACAGAGCCUAUUUAUAUAAUAUCAAAACAUUCUCGA